AGGAAAUUUGAUUGGCGUUAAAUGAUUACUGGAGGAGCCCAUCGACUGCUUCAAAGGCUUCAUCUUAAACUUCUCCAAUUUUGCGCUCAUUUUUGGCGAUCGAUUCACUGAGAUUUUCGGUGUUUGAUUUGGAUUCGACUACCUUUGAAUCGUCGGUUUGGAGAAGAGCCUUUGCUUCGAGAUUUGUUCGUUGAGGGAAAAGCUGCUCUAUUUCUCGUCUGAGACCUUAGAAUCUGCAUGUAAUUAGCUUAUAUUUCUUUGGAGGAACUUGGUACUCAUUGGUGAAGAAAAUUAAACUCCCACAUGUCUGUGGCAUUUCCCCAACUCUCGUGGUGGUUGCGUAGUGGGAAGCAUAAAGAACCUCAAAGCUCUAAUGGUGGUUCUUCUUUAAAUGCUUCACUAGAUACAGCCAACCGGGAAACAGAUACUCUAAAAUUUUCUUUAGUUAAUGGGGCCAACAUAUCAUCCUCGUCUAGAAGGGUGAAACGGAAAUGGCAUAGUCGGGAAGAGAGGAAAAUUGAUAGGGAAUAUGACAUUGUUCUUGUUCCAUCUGAUGGAGGGUGCAUUUCAGGGUCUGAGUCUGAUGACUCAGAUUGGUCAAUUGGAUGGUCGGAACCCCAUGGACCUGGAUUCCAGAGCGAUGAUGACUCGGAUAACAGUUUUGCAGUGCUGGUUCCAUGUUAUGCACGCAUUUACAAUGAUUUUGUGGAUGAAACUAAGAUCAGUGUCCUAAGUGCUGUUGGGAACAUCAGCGAUAGCUUUUCUACUGCAGAGAGCAAGAAAUACAUGGAACAGUGGCUGUCCUCUCUUCAGAACUGCUGAUACACAGGAUUUAUAAUGGUUGCACGCGGACGCUAAUGCCUUGUUUCCAAGAAGAAAACAAUUUGUGAUCUUAAGCCAUUUAAAAAUUAAAAAAAAAAAAAGAAAAAGAAAAAGAAAAAGAUGAUACAGGACUAUCUAUUCUGGCUUCGUUUGAUUUACUGCUGGGAAGCAAAUUGGGUGAACAGAUUGGAUGCAACCAGUGGGUGAAGGUCUCAUCUUUUCAAAAAAAAUUUGACCAUGUUCUUAAGAAGAGAGAGGCCUAAAUUAUGACCUCAUCUGUGUUGAAACCUGUUAAAAUGGGAUGUAAAUACUUUAGAGACUCCUAUAUAAACAUGGAAGGGAGACAGGAGGAAGAAGGCUGAGACAACCAGCUGGGGUUUGAUGAAAAAGAAUAUUAAGGAGGUGCGAGUGCAAAUGUCUUGUUAUUCUUUGAAGUUCAGUUCAGUUCAGUUCAGUUCAUGUAUAAAGUGGGAAGGUGUUUAGUUUAGUUUAGUUCAUCUGAAAGUUGCUGUAAAAGUGACUCAUUUAUGCAUGCAUCGUGUAAACAUGAUUUGAGUGGGCUUAGUUCAUCUAAAUAUGGCUGUAAAUGUUGACCCAUUUGUAAAAUUUGUUGUACAUAAUGACACAGUUGUGCUGUCAUGUAAAUAUUUCUCUCCCCAUUCAAUGUAAUAUUCUUUAGAUAUUUACAGCA